AUGACUGGUUUCUACAAUGAGUCUGUUCGUUGUGGUGUGAAUUGUGAUGUACCAGAUGGCGUCGUGUAUACCGAUUUACACAAAGCUGCAGAGAAAGGAGAUGAGCUUUUAAUGAAAUGUCAAUUCUAUGGUGUGCCAAUCGCCGUUUACUGGAAGAAAGGAGAUGACCCAACGAAGUCACCCAACCUGAUCACGUGGGUGGACGGGGAAUCCGAUUCCGGGUCAUGCGUUCAUGACGGAUCUUGCAAAAUGAGCAAUGACUUCUCUCUCAUCAUCAGAAAUAUAACAGUUUCGGAUCAAGGAACAUAUAUCUGCAGAGUUUCAAACUACAAAGGGAUCUUGAUUCACAACUUUACAGAAGUAAACGUCUUUGCUCCUCCGAUGGAACCCUUUCCACUUAUCGAUGAAUGUGCAGGUACACUUCCCAACGAUGCUGAACAAACCUGUAGUCUUUCAACCUCUGACAGCAUCACCAUCACAUGCUCAGCCUCAAGCUACUUUCCAGACAUCGAUCUCUUCUUCUUACACGAAUCCAAAAAGAUGGAUACAACAAAUGUCAAGGAAGUUGCAAACAUGGACGGGACGAGAAACAAAUCAAUCUCCACUGUCGCUGAACCCAGUGAAAGCCCCUAUGUUUGUGUCGCUUCGGAUAUCCCGGGAUCACAAGACCAUAGAACAGUGACUGUCACCGUGACCUUUCCAGGAUCAACUGUUGCCAUGUCAACAUCAUCCAAUCAAACCACUUCAUCUCCGGGUGGUGGUGAAACCAAAGUUGCAGAACUGCUAUUCUUAAUCGAUUGA